GACCCUUUUCGAUGUGACACAGAAACAAGCGCGGAAGUAAUUUGAGAGCGCGCAGGCCCUUCUUCCGGUCUCUUAUCCCUCGGUCACUGUGCGACAAUGACGAAGGGAACAUCCUCUUUCGGUAAGCGCAGGAACAAGACGCACACCCUGUGCCGUCGCUGUGGCUCCAAAGCUUACCACCUGCAGAAGUCUUCCUGCGGAAAGUGUGGCUAUCCCGAGAAGCGCAAGAGAAAGUACAACUGGAGUGCAAAGGCCAAGAGAAGGAACACCACUGGCACCGGUCGUCUGAGGCACCUCAAGGUUGUGUACCGUCGGUUCAGGAAUGGUUUCCGGGAAGGUACCACCCCCAAGCCCAAACGCGCCGCGGUGGCCGCCUCCAGCUCCUCUUAAGAGACACAUUUUUGUUUAAAUAAAUGUGACCAACACACAAAGCUCAUUCUCGUCUUGUCGAUCCGGAUGCAUUUUCUUUUUUGUUUAUCAUUAAAGGAGUUUACACUUCUACAGCAAAA